CAACUCUGUGAAGUGAAGUGAAGUGAGAAGUGAAGAGAAUUAGAUUUCUACACACGUUAAAGAGCUCUACACAUUGAAGAUUUUCUCAUCAUUCAUUUUUUUGAUUCUUAAACUCACUUGAACAACUUUAUAGAAAUUCUCAUUAGUUUUCUCAUUUCAUUUCUUUAAAUCCAUCAUCAUGUCUUCAUCAACUGGAAUCGAUCGAAUUGACUCAACUCAACUCACCCAUCGAUUUCAAAAAUCAUCAGAACAACAACCCAAAAUCAUUCAUAUAGAUUCAACUAGAUCUUCUACACCUGAUUCAUUAGAUCAAGAUGAGAUUCCGUGUUUCGAAUUACCUCCCUUCACCAUCAAAGAGAUUCUUUCUUCUAUUCCUUCUCAUUGUUUUGAUCGUUCAUUAUUCCGUAGUCUUUCUUAUGUGUUGAGAGAUUUCUCUUUCACUGCUCUUUUGGUCUAUGCUGCUACUUUUAUCGAUGGAGCCUUUAAUUCAAAGAAUGGUUCGAUUCUGGAUGGUCAAUUAGGUGCGAUGGCUAACUUUGGCGCUUGGGCUGCGUAUGGUUAUGCUUUGGGAUUGGUCUUUACUGGCAUUUGGGUCUUGGCUCACGAAUGUGGUCAUCAAUCCUUUUCAUCCUCAAAGACGAUCAAUUAUUGGGUUGGAUGGAUCCUACACUCGGCUCUCUUGGUCCCCUUUCAUUCUUGGAGAAUCACUCAUGCUCAACAUCAUGCUUCAACUUCUCAUCUUAAUCGUGAUCAAGCCUUUGUUCCUUACACUCGAUCUCAAUUGAAUUUACCUCCUUUACCAAAGGAUGCUUCGAAACGUGAAAUCGAAGGCACUUUGGCUCCUAGUUUUUACGAACGAGUGGAUGACUUAUUAGAAGAUGCACCAUUAUGGGCUUUAUGGAAAUUGAUAGUUCAUCAAUCCAUAGGCUUCGCAGCUUAUCUUGUAAGAAAUGCAUCAGGACAAAAACAUUAUCCACCAUACACCAAUCAUUUUAACCCAUGGGCCAUCAUGUAUGAUGAUCGACACCGAAUGCAUAUCGUUUACUCGGAUAUCGGGAUCGCUAUCACCAUUGGAUCACUCGUCUUCUUUGGAAUGAAGACAGAUUUCUUGUCGGCCUUUAAGUACUAUAUCGUACCUUAUCUAUGGGUUCAUCAUUGGAUCGUCUUGAUUACCUUCUUACAACACACUGAUCCUCUCUUACCUCAUUACCGUGAAGGUGCCUUUAACUUCCAACGUGGAGCUCUUGCUACCAUGGACAGGAAGAUCCAUGGAUUCUUUACUCAUGGUUUAGCCGAAACUCAUGUGGCUCAUCAUCUCUGCUCCAAGAUCCCACAUUACCACGCUUGGGAAGCCACCGAUGCAUUAAAGGCUAAACUAGGACCUCAUUAUCAAUCGACUGAUGAAAACUAUUGGGUUAGUCUUUGGAAAGCCUUUCGACACUGUCGAUUUGUGGAAGAUGAAGGAGAUGUGGUGUUUUAUAAGAAUGCUAAGGGACAAGCUUUGAUUAGGUUGAAGGAAUCGGAUGGAUCACCUAGUGAUUCGGGAAUCGAAGUCGAUCAAGCUAAAUCAAAGUAAACCAUUAGUUUUGUGUCUCUGUGCCUUUUAAUUAGAUAAGUACCCUCCUAUCUUUUUCCGAGACUCAAGGUUAGGUAGUUUUUUUGAAAUUGAGUGAUACAUAGAAGGGGAAAAACUUGUGAUGAGAAGAUGAUAUUUUUCUUUUGACUAGAUUAGAGAGAGAGGAUCUUUUUGAAAAAAACAAUUGAAAGAACCUUGAAGAUUAUUUGUUUGAGAUUUUGAAAUCGGGUUUCUCUUCAAUCUUUAUAGAUCAAGAUAAAGUAGUAGUAGUAGUUAGUAGGACAAAGCAAAAAGUAAUUUUUUUUAAUUGGCUUUAGUUUUCCCCAUGAAGAGAUUUGAUUAUCUUUUUUUUUGGGUACUUGAAAUUUGAAACUUGUUUCUCUCUUUGCCUUGUUUUGAAAAUUUGAAAUCUUAUCACUUAUCAUUUUUUAUAGAG